CCUGGCUCUGCACGCACUUUUUGUUUACCAUUGGUGUAAGGCGCGUUUGUGAUCGCGGCAAGAAAGAAUUUACUGACUCCAAAACUCCAUUAAAUAUAAGGAUGGCAUCAGAGCCGACUACCGCAGAGUUUUCUGCAAGUUCUGCAGGAAAUAAACCAGCUAAGAAUGGCCCCGUAUGUAUCAUUGUUCUUGGAAUGGCGGGAUCAGGCAAAACUACUUUCGUACGAAAAUUAGCUCAACACCGGCAUAGGAAUGGUUCCUUGCCUUACUUGAUUAAUUUGGAUCCUGCAUGUCACGAAACACCGUAUCCAGUAAAUAUUGAUAUACGUGACACGGUAAAAUACAAGGAAGUGAUGAAACGCUACAAUCUGGGACCAAACGGAGGAAUCGUGACAGCGUUGAACUUGUUUUCCACCAAAUUUGGAAAAGUGGUCGAGCUGAUUGAAAAUGCGAAGGCAACGCAUGAAUACUGCGUCAUAGACACACCAGGACAAAUUGAAGUAUUCACUUGGUCGGCAUCAGGUACUAUAAUUACCGAAGCGUUGGCCACCGCUUUUCCGACCGUUAUUGUAUACGUAAUGGACAUUGUUCGUUCUACUAGCCCUACCACAUUUAUGUCCAACAUGUUAUACGCUUGCUCCAUCUUGUAUAAAGCGCGUUUACCUUUUAUAAUUGUCAUGAACAAAAUAGACAUACAAGAGCACAAUUUUGCGGUGGAGUGGAUGCAAGAUUUUGAAGCAUUCCAGGAAGCACUUGCAAACGAAACAGCCUACGUGAGUAAUCUCACUCGUACGAUGUCGUUGACGCUGGAUGAGUUCUACCGAAACUUGAAAUCUUGUGGUGUUUCGUCAGUAUCUGGAAUUGGUUUCGAAAAGUUUUUCAUGCUGAUCAGCGAAGCAGUAAAUGAAUAUGAAAAUGAUUAUAAACAUGAGUACGAUAGAUUGCGUAAAGAUAAAUUGAACAAAAAAGAACACGAACAACUAACCACAAACGAUGGCAUGGGCGAAGAAGUGGCUCUGGGUAGUGAGAAUACGGUUUCUUCUGUUCCAAAUGAUCCAAUUUACCUAAAACACCCGGCAAAUGAAAGCUCUGAUGAUGAUGAAGGACAUGAGUGUGAUAGUUCGGUUGUGGCUGUGGGGGACGAUGAAGCUGAAGAGAUUAACUUCAAUAAUUUUAUCCUUCAACACCGUCGACAACAGGCCGAAAAGCACCAAAAACAAAAUAAUAAAUAAAGCCACAACACGAAGGUUCGACAAAUCA